AUGAACACAGGCGGGCAGCUGGAAGAGGACGGAAAGACAAGCCAGACAUGGACAGAAGGGUGCCGAAGCCUUGGCCUCAUCUCCCUGCGCUCUGCCUCCGCAGGGGUCCGAGUCACCAGUGUGGACUGGCAGCGGUCGGGGAACGGCGCUGCGCACCACACCCAGGAGUAUCCUUGCCCUGAGCUGGUGGUCCGCAGGGGCCAGCCGUUCCGCCUCACCCUGGAUCUGAGCGGAGACCUGGACAGCGAGGAGACCCUUAUCUUCACGGUGGAGACAGGGCCCAAGGCUUCCGAGGCCCUCCACACCAAAGCUGUGUUCCAGACCGCGGAGCUGGAGGGGGGUGAGGUCUGGACGGCGGUGAAGGAGUCGCAGACGGAGAACAGCAUGAGUGUCAGCCUCGCCAGCCCUCCCGAUGCUGUGAUCGGCCGCUACCAGCUGAGCGCCAGGGCUUCCUCUCGCAGGAGGCACAGUGACCGGAAGCUGGGAGAGUUUGUUCUCCUUUUCAAUCCAUGGUGUCCAGAGGACGAUGUAUUUCUGGCCUCAGAGGAAGAGAGACAGGAGUACGUGCUCAACGACAGUGGCAUCAUAUUCCGAGGCGUGGAGAAGCRCAUCCGAGCGCAGGGCUGGAACUACGGGCAGUUUGAGGAGGACAUCCUGGAUAUCUGCCUGUCCAUCCUGGACCGAAGCCCCAGUCACCAAGAUGACCCAGCCACUGAUGUGUCCCAUCGUCACAACCCCAUCUAUGUCACCAGGAUCAUCAGUGCCAUGGUGAACAGCAACAAUGACCGGGGUGUCGUGCAAGGACAGUGGCAGGGCAAAUAUGGCAGCGGCACCAGCCCACUGCACUGGCGCGGCAGCGUGGCCAUCCUGCAGAAAUGGUUCAAGAGCAGGUUCAAACCAGUCAAGUACGGCCAGUGCUGGGUCUUCGCUGGAGUCAUGUGCACAGUCCUCAGGUGCUUGGGGAUUGCGACACGAGUGGUGUCCAACUUCAACUCGGCCCACGACACUGACAAAAACCUGAGUGUGGACAAAUAUGUGGACUCCUUCGGGCGGACCCUGGAGGACCUGACAGAAGACAGCAUGUGGAAUUUCCAUGUCUGGAACGAGAGCUGGUUUGCCCGGCAGGACCUGGGCCCCUCUUACAAUGGCUGGCAGGUUCUGGAUGCCACACCCCAGGAGGAAAGCGAAGGUGUGUUCCAGUGUGGCCCUGCCUCAGUCACUGCCAUCCGAGAAGGUGACAUACACCUGGCCCACGAUGGCCCCUUCGUGUUUGCGGAGGUCAAUGCCGACUAUAUCACCUGGCUGUGGAAUGAGGACGAGAGCCGGGAGCGUGUGUACUCGGACACCAAGAAGAUUGGAAGGUGCAUCAGCACCAAGGCGGUGGGCAGUGACUCCCGUGUGGACAUCACCGGCCUCUACAAGUAUCCAGAAGGGUCCCGGAAGGAGAGGCAGGUGUACAGCAAGGCCGUGAAGAAGCUGUUCGGCGUGGAAGCCAGGGGGAGGAGGACGUGGAUCCGCAGGGCCGGCGGGCGGGGUCUCUGGCGUGACGACCUCCUGGAGCCCGCCACCAAGCCCAGCAUCACCGGCAAGUUCAAGGUGCUGGAGCCGCCGGUGCUGGGUCACGACCUGCAGCUGGCUCUGUGCUUGACCAACCUCACCUCUCGGGCCCAGCGAGUCCAAGUCAAUUUGAGCGGCGCCACCAUCCUCUACACCCGCAGGCCUGUGGCCGAGAUCCUGCACGAGUCCCACGCGGUGAAGCUGGGUCCGCAGGAAGAGAAGAAGAUUCCAGUAGCAAUAUCUUACUCUCAGUAUAAAGAAGACCUGACGGAAGAUAAGAAGAUACUAUUGGCUGCCAUGUGCUUUGUCUCCAAAGGAGAGAAGCUCCUGGUGGAGAAGGACAUUACCCUGGAGGAUUUCAUCACCAUCAAGGUGCUGGGCCCAGCCACCGUGGGGGUGGCAGUUACAGUGGAAGUGACGGUGGUCAACCCCCUCUUGGAGAAAGUGGAGGAUGGUGUGCUGAUGGUGGAGGGCAGUGGCCUUCUCCAAGGACAGCUCAGCAUAGAGGUGCCCAGCCUGCAGCCCCAGGAGAAGGCCUUGGUCCAGUUCAAAAUCACCCCGUCCAAGAGUGGCCCCAGGCAGCUUCAGGUGGACUUCGUCAGUCACCACUUCCCGGACAUCAAGGGCUUUGUGAUUGUUGACGUGGCCACAGCCAAGUGACAGACCGUCAGGGACUGAGGAGGAGCAUUCGGCCCCUGUUUUGCUCCUCGCCACCUUUCUGUGGGAGCCGAGAAGCCUGGGUCAGUCCUGCCUCA